AUGGGAAUUAAGCACUCGUCCCGCUGCAUGCUCCUCAGGAGAAAAAUGGCGGAGUCUGAGAGCAGUGAGGUAAGUUCAGACAGGCACAAACAGCCACAGUUGCAGCCGCAGCCAGUCCGCAUAAUUCCAUCCCAGUCGGCACAGCCCACCUCACUGCCCAAGCCUGUGCCUUCCAUCCAGCAUGCCCCACGGCCUCCCCUCCCACCACACACGCCCCAUGCUGCCAGCCUCCCAAGCUGUCCGGGGCGGGGCAAGAUGGCCAAGUUCCUUAAUCCAGAAGAGAUGACGUCACGAGACUACUACUUCGACUCUUAUGCCCAUUUUGGUAUCCAUGAGGAGAUGCUGAAGGACGAAGUGAGGACGCUCACCUACAGGAACUCCAUGUACCACAACAAGCACGUCUUCAAGGACAAAAUAGUGCUGGAUGUUGGAAGCGGGACUGGGAUCCUGUCCAUGUUUGCAGCCAAGGCAGGGGCAAAGCAUGUGUAUGGGAUUGAAUGUUCCAGUAUAUCGGAGUACUCGGAGAGGAUCAUCAAGUCCAACCACCUCGACAGCGUGAUCACAAUCUUCAGAGGCAAGGUGGAGGAGGUGGAGCUUCCCGUUGAGAAGGUUGACAUCAUUAUAUCUGAGUGGAUGGGCUACUGCCUCUUCUAUGAAUCCAUGCUCACCACCGUCAUCUUUGCCAGGGACAAGUGGCUGAAACCCGGUGGAUUAAUGUUUCCUGACCGAGCCUCUCUGUAUGUCGUGGCCAUUGAGGACAGGCAGUACAAAGACUUUAAAAUCCAUUGGUGGGAGAAUGUAUACGGCUUUGACAUGACCUGUAUCCGUAACGUGGCAAUGAAGGAACCACUGGUGGACGUGGUGGACCCCAAACAGGUGGUGACCAACUCCUGCCUGGUCAAGGAGGUGGACAUCUACACAGUAAAGACUGAGGACCUCUCAUUCACCUCAGCGUUCUGCCUGCAGAUCCAGAGAAAUGAUUACAUACAUGCGCUGAUCACCUACUUCAACAUCGAGUUUACCAAAUGUCAUAAGAAGACUGGUUUUUCCACCGCUCCAGAUGCUCCAUACACCCACUGGAAGCAGACAGUGUUUUACCUGGAGGAGUAUUUGACGGUGCGGAGAGGAGAGGAGAUUGUUGGCAGCAUUGCUAUGAAGCCCAAUGAGAAAAAUAUUCGUGACUUGGACUUUACCUUCGAGUUGGAUUUUAAAGGACAGUUGUGUGAAGCAGCCAUAUCUCAUGACUACAAGAUGCGUUAA